AUGUCCUCUCUUCAACGAACCUACGGCGCAACGGACGAGGGCUUCUACUUUUUUCUAAUCGCAGACAUGCUGAUUGCUCCCCCAGAGGUAGUCGCAACUUGGCCGGAACCGAACUAUGUCAACCCGGAGCAUCAGGGCCCUCAUUUGAUGAUUAUUGUCAUCACUUCAUUUACCAUUUCUUCUAUUGUUGUGGGACUACGGACGCCAUUAUCGGAUUACUGGACAGACCCAUAUCGACGAAGUUGUAUCAACAAUGGCGCCCGUAUUAUCAGCGGCUCGAUUCCCCAUGUUCUUACAGAUAUCAUUAUUUGGAUGCUUCCAAUCCCAACGUUGUGUAAAAUGCAUCUUCCUGGUCGAGAGAAGGUGGUUCUUAUCAUCCUUAUGAGUUUUGGUCUUAUUGCUUGUGCAGCCUCUGUUGUACGGCUUGCCUAUACAUACGUGAUCCUUUACGUAUCGUAUGAUUCCACGUGGGUUGGGUACAAUCUUUGGUUGUGGAAUGACCUCGAGGUCAAUUUGGCGGUUAUAUGCGCAUCCGCCCCCGUGCUUCGGCCUUUGGCAAGAAUGUACUUACCGAACUGGGGAUCCAAUGUAUUUACUACAUCCGCCAAUAGCUUGCCCACGGAAGCUCAACCAUCCGGCCAGAAGCAGAUAAAUCUUGUGUUACCUGACUGGAAAGGUGACGAAGAGAGUAUACGGGAUGAGAAAAAGUUCCUUGACCUACCUCCUAUCAGCGGCCUGGAUGAGAAAAUCGACCUGAAACUUCCAGAAAAAGCACGACACCCAAUAAAACAGCAGCGUGAAUGA